CAGCAGCGAGGCGACCUGAUUGCUGCCAGCGCUACUCACCAACAACGCCAUCCGCCGCCUCCCCUCACCCAAUAUCCUCAAUUGCCCCCCUCUACCGCGAUACCUGCUAUUAUCAGGUAUCAGGAAACCGGCAAUGAGCAUCGCACGACCUGCGCGCAGCCUCGUGGGCAGAUGCCUGGCCAAUGGCCGCGCCGCUGCCCCCGUGGUCUCGUGUCAACAAUUUCACAGCUCGGCGCCCAAUUCGAAAGGCAAAUACCGAUUUCAAAAUGUCUCUGCUGAGCAAUUGGGCUUGACGGAUGCCAAGAAGAUGGCCAAGUUCCAGAAGGAAAAGUUCCCCGAAUACACAAAGGCUGAGCUGACGCAGCUUGCCGCGAAAUACACCCCCGAGCAAUUAGAAGCCAUCAAGGCCGCCGAGGCCGCCAUUGACACACAAGACAUCAUCGUUCAGGGCCGCCUGCGCGACGAUGCCUACCGCCCCGAAUACCUCGACGACUACGCCAAGCUGGAUCCCCGCUUCGAUGUCAAGCCCGAGGUUGUCAGCAAGCCCCGUGAGCCCGAAUACCUCGACGAGAGCGCCUGGGUCGACCAGUACGCCGCAAAGCUUGUCAGCGCGACAGAGAAGAGCACAAAUACGCAAUUGACGCGCGCCAUGGCCCGUGCCCUGCGCCGGGUCAAGGCUAGUGCUGGCGAGGAGAUGAUUGAUCUGACGGUCGAGGAGCUUGACGAUCUCGAGCAGGACCCCGACGCUCUCGCCAGAUACCUUGCCGAGGCCGAGAUUCCCGACAAGAAGCUGGACCCCAAGGCAGCUAGCGAGGCCAGCUUCCUGACACGAGCACAGGCCCUGAAGCUCGAGGACGCCAUUAACGCCGAGUGGGAAAAGGAGCUGGACAGCAUCUCCAAGAUGGAGGGCACUGCCGACAUUGCGCCGUCCACCGUUUCCCUCCUCGAAGGUACCUCCAUGGACAACACAGACGGCGCUUCUGCUCUUGCUCCUGAGCUGGGCAAGAUCCCCGGCGUUGUUGGCCACUACAAGUCCGCUGAUGCUGCUGACAACGGUGCCGACCAGAUGAAGUACAAGGAGGUCCAGCGCUUAACAGGACUCUCCUACGACGAAAUUAUCUCGCUCUACCGCAAGGUCCUAGUCGUGCGUUUCGUCACCAACCAGACACGUCUGGGUAAGGUCCGAAGCACCGCUGCCGUCGCUAUUGCUGGCAAUGGCAACGGCCGCCUUGGUCUCGGCUUCGCCAAGUCCACUGAGUCUGGCAUCGCCGCUUCCACCGCCGAACUGCUUGCUAUUCGCAACAUGAAGCCCAUCCGCCGUUACGAGGACCGCACUAUUUACGGAAACGUCAAGGCGAAGAUCUCAGGCACAGUUGUCGAGCUCUUCUCUCGUCCACCAGGAUUCGGUCUUCGCGUCCCCCAUCGUUUGUUUGAAAUGUGCCGUGCCGCCGGUAUCCACGACAUUGCCGCUCGUAUACCCCGAUCCAAGAGCCCUCUCAACACCGUCAAGGCCACGUACGAGGCCCUCAUGAACCAGCCCGACCCUGAGCAGAUUGCCAUCGGCCGCGGCAAGAAGCUUGUUGAUGCGCGCAAGGUAUACUACGGAGGAGCUGUACAUUAAAUAAAAGGCUGGAGAGGUUGUUUUGGAGAAGCAAAAGCUACAUACCACACAAGCGGUGUACAAUGUACUUGUAUCAUAUUCAUUCCGUUGUAUUAAUGCAUAUCAACAUCUGUCAUGUCUGACAAUUCAGCACUCCGAAUUCCCUAUAAAGAAAUCAAAAUGUCCAACAAGAUAUAUACCAAAAUAAAAGACCACAAUCAUAAAUCGUACACUUGUCUGGGGUAUAACACAAGGCUUAAUCAAUACUCCAUCGUCUCGUCCAAGGCCAACUCGUCCUCUACGUCGACGCCUUCGUUGCCGGCACCGCCAUCGCCGCCAGCGCCCCAGUCAAUUUCCUGCUGUAAUACGAUGCUGUAGACACUUGCUUUCAGCAAUGUAAAUGCCAAACUUGUUUUUCGUUCGAGGUCCCGCAAGCCGUCGAGGAUGUCUGUGGAUGGGUUGGACGCGAGGUGAUCUAGCAGGCUGGCGAG